AUGACUUUGGAGUCCAUGAUGGCGUGCUGCCUGAGCGAGGAAGCCAAGGAAGCCCGGCGGAUCAACGACGAGAUCGAGCGGCAGCUGCGCCGGGACAAGCGGGACGCCCGUCGGGAACUGAAGCUGCUGCUGCUGGGCACAGGAGAGAGUGGCAAAAGCACAUUCAUCAAACAGAUGAGAAUUAUUCAUGGAUCAGGUUACUCUGAUGAAGACAAAAGGGGCUUUACGAAAUUGGUGUACCAGAAUAUAUUUACAGCAAUGCAGGCCAUGAUCAGAGCCAUGGAUACCCUCAAAAUCCCAUAUAAGUACGACCAUAAUAAGGUUCAUGCACAGUUAGUUCGAGAAGUCGAUGUAGAGAAGGUGUCAACUUUUGAGAACCCCUAUGUAGAUGCACUGAGAAGUUUAUGGAAUGACCCUGGAAUCCAGGAAUGUUAUGAUAGACGACGAGAAUAUCAGUUAUCAGAUUCAACAAAAUAUUACCUUAACGACUUGGACCGCAUAGCAGAUUCAGCCUAUCUGCCAACUCAGCAAGAUGUGCUUAGAGUUCGAGUCCCAACAACAGGGAUCAUUGAAUACCCAUUUGACUUACAAAGCGUCAUUUUCAGAAUGGUGGAUGUAGGAGGCCAACGAUCGGAAAGAAGAAAAUGGAUACAUUGCUUUGAAAAUGUCACAUCUAUCAUGUUUCUAGUAGCUCUUAGUGAAUAUGAUCAAGUGCUUGUGGAGUCCGACAAUGAGAAUCGAAUGGAAGAGAGCAAAGCCCUCUUUAGGACAAUUAUCACAUAUCCAUGGUUCCAGAAUUCUUCGGUCAUUCUGUUCUUAAAUAAAAAAGAUCUUUUAGAGGAGAAAAUUAUGUACUCCCAUUUAGUUGAUUAUUUCCCAGAGUAUGAUGGACCACAACGGGAUGCACAAGCAGCACGAGAGUUCAUCUUGAAGAUGUUUGUAGACCUGAAUCCAGAUAGUGACAAAAUUAUCUACUCCCACUUCACUUGUGCUACAGACACAGAGAAUAUACGCUUUGUCUUUGCUGCUGUCAAGGACACAAUUCUACAAUUAAACCUGAAGGAAUACAACUUGGUCUAA